UCUUCUCAUUCAGGCUCCCAGCCACAGCCAAAGACACAGCCUCAAGAUCCUGUGCCUAGGACUAUCCCUAGCGGCUAAGAAGACCCCUUCAAGCAGCAACCAGUAGGACCAGUGUCCACAUUGUCUACCAGACUCCCUACCCACCAGAGAAUGAAAAUGCAGGUCAACACAGACGUGAUCAUGGAAGGAGAGCUGGAAAAAAGGAGCGACAAUCUCCUACAGUUCUGGAGAAAGAAGCAAUGCGUCUUGACCAAGGAUAGCCUCAACAUGUUCGCUGAUGGCCAGAAGAAGACCAAGUGCAAAGAACUCAAGUUCCAGUCCAUCAAGAAGUUGGAUUGCGUUGAGCGGACGGGCAAAUACGUCUACUUCACUAUUGUCACCACUGAUAAUAAGGAGAUAGAUUUCCGUUGCUCAGAAGAAAGCUGUUGGAACGCCGCUAUCAGCUUGGCUUUGAUUGAGUUCCAGAACAAGAAGGCCAUCCAACAUUUUCGGUCGCGCCAGAACAGCGAGAGGAGGGUGGCCCCAUGUGUAUGAUCCAGAGACUGGAUGAAUGCAAGAGCACCUUACCAUACAGUGCCCAUGAAUUAUGGACCAAACAAGAAAGCAGAGGCUAAAGCGCUGGCUCUGGAGACAGGAAGUCACUUCCUCACAAGGACAAAGCAGGUUGAACAAGAUUUGUUUGAGCAUUGAUCGCUGGAGCCUAACCAGAGGAGCUGACGAUUGAGCAACCAUAUGAUGAUGGAAGACCCUUUACUAUUUGCUUAGUGGUAUUUAUUUAUCCGCAGGAAAAGCCUUAUGCAAUGUCAGGCCGGAUUGGGUCGGAUAAUUUAUUUGAUAUUCUCGUCUAUGUAUCUAUUUAUUUCCGCAGCUUUCCCUCUUAAUAUAUAUAUAUAUAUUGUUUCAUUUCAAGGCCGGUAAUUUCUGAAUGAAUGUAAUUUGAGAUGUUAACUUAUUAUUAUAUUAAAAAUAAUUUUUUACUA